GUGUGCUGGGCCCUGCCCCGCGCGCUGCACUCGGGGCUGGAUGCUCUGCUCUUGGGUUCUCUCUGCACUGACUGGCUCAGCACCACUGGACUGGCUUUUAGUACCAGUCACACUUAGAGAUCCAGAGAGUCCUGGGCUUUGCUCCUUGGAUAAUGUGAUCCUCUGCAGAUGAUUGUGCCACCCCAUUCCUACAGACAUUCCCGGUUCUCAGUGGGCUAAAACAACUCAAGGCUACUUUGUGCACAAAAGCAUUUUAACACCAAGAUUCGGGAAGCUGUGGAAGCUUUUAACGGGGAGGACUUUGCCUAAUGACUACAAAUGUAAUGUGUGUGGUAAAAAUGGUGCAGAAAUACCAGUCCCCAGUUCGAGUCUACAAAUAUCCCUUUGAGCUCGUCAUGGCAGCGUACGAGAAGCGCUUUCCUACCUGUCCAGAGAUCCCAGUGUUUCUGGGGAGUGAAAUCCUGCACGAAUCCAGGAGUGAGGACGGGGCUAUCCACGUCAUUGAGCGGAGCUGCAAACUGAACGUGGACGCUCCCAGGCUGCUGAAGAAGAUGGCAGGGGUGGAGUAUGUGUUCUUCAUCCAGAGGAACACUGUGAACUGGAGGGAGCGCACCCUGCGCAUCGAGGCCCACAACGAGACCUUCGCCAACCGCGUCGUGGUCCGGGAGACCUGCAGCUACUCCGUUCACCCUGAGAACGAGGAGUGGACGUGCUUUGAGCAGUCGGCGUCUCUCGACAUCAAGUCAUUCUUUGGCUUCGAGAGCACGGUGGAGAAAAUUGCCAUGAAGCAGUACACCUCCAACAUCAAACGGGGCAAGGAGGUGAUUGAGCACUACCUGAAGGAGCUGAUCUCCCAGGGGAUCACCUUCAUCCCGCGCUGGACCCCUCCGGCCGGGAGCGGGCGGGAUGAGCCAAGCCCGGCUGUGGGACACGAGCCUGGUGACAUCCCACUGGAUCCUGGGGCUCCUGGCUCCCCCUGCCCCUCUGCAGAGGCUGCCAGCCCCGAUGCUGACAAACUGGACGCCGAGUACAUCGAGCGCUACCUGGGCCAGCUGACGCCGCUGCAGGAGAGUUGCCUGAUCCGCCUGCGCCAGUGGCUGCAGGAGACACACAAGGGCAAGAUCCCCAAGGAUGAGCACAUCCUGCGCUUCCUGCGGGCUCGGGACUUCAACAUCGACAAGGCCCGGGAGAUGCUCUGCCAGUCGCUGUCCUGGCGCAAGCAGUACCAGGUGGAUUACAUCCUGCAGUCCUGGAGGCCCCCUGCCCUCCUGCAGGAGUACUACACGGGGGGGUGGCACUACCAGGACAAAGAUGGGCGGCCACUCUACAUCCUUCGGCUCGGCCAGAUGGACACGAAGGGUUUGGUGAAAGCUCUGGGAGAGGAGUCACUGCUGAGACACGUUCUGUCCAUUAACGAGGAAGGACAGAAGAGAUGUGAGGAAAACACCAAUAUCUUUGGCCGCCCCAUCACAUCCUGGACAUGCCUGGUGGACUUGGAAGGGCUCAACAUGCGGCACCUCUGGCGGCCCGGGGUGAAGGCCCUGCUCAGGAUCAUCGAGGUGGUGGAGGACAAUUACCCCGAAACCCUGGGGAGGCUCCUCAUCGUGAGAGCCCCCCGGGUGUUCCCUGUGCUCUGGACCCUGGUCAGUCCCUUUAUCAAUGAGAACACACGGCAGAAGUUCCUCAUUUACAGUGGGAAUAACUACCAGGGCUCAGGAGGGCUGGUGGACUAUGUGGAUAAAGAGGUGAUCCCAGACUUCCUGGGAGGAGACUGCAUGUGCACUGUCCCAGAAGGUGGCCUUGUCCCCAAGUCACUGUACCAAACCGAGGACGAGCCAGAGAACUCUGAUCACAUCCGGCUGUGGACAGAAACCAUCUACCAUUCUGCAAGUGUCCUCAGAGGAGCUCCACACGAGAUAGUCGUGGAGAUUCUGGAAGGGGAAUCUGUCAUCACCUGGGACUUCGACAUCCUGAAGGGGGACGUGGUGUUCAGCCUCUUCCACUCCAAACGAGCUCCUGAGCCAAGUCACAAAGAAUCCACGUUACCAGGUCCCUGUGCCGGGGACAACGUGCAGCUCAUCGACAGGACCUGGGUGCUGGGCGUGGAUUUCAGCCGUGUGGAGUCACCGCUGGUCUGCCGGGAGGGGGAGAGCAUCCAGGGGUCCCACGUGACGCGCUGGCCAGGGUUUUACAUCCUGCAGUGGAAGAUGCACGGCCCCCCUCCCUGCUCCAGCUCCAGCCUGCCCCGCGUGGACGAUGUCCUGGCCUCCCUGCAGGGCUCCGGCCACAAGUGCAAACUCAUCUACUACUACGAGGUGUUGGCCUCCAAGGACUUCAGGGGAUCCAUGUCGAGCCUGGAAUCUUGCAACAGCGGCUUUUCCCAGCUGAGUGGAGUCACGACAUCUUCCAGCCAGUCCCAGAGCAGCUCCCACCUUUCCAGAUAGCAGAGCCAAGGCUGCAGGGAAAGACCUCCUGGGCCUUCCUGCCCCCGGAGCUGCUCUGAGCCCCAAACCAAAGAGCUCCAGGGCUGAGCCUUGGGGCAGUUGUGUCGCAGCCAUUUGGACACAGAGAGGCCUCUGGGAGCUGCUUAAACCACAAGACCUGGAAUUCCAGUUGUGGGUUUGGAGUUCUGGAGCAGCUGCUGCUCCUCAGGGGUCUCUUGGAUGGAUUUUGGCUGGAUGUCAGUUGGCAGGGAUCGCUCCAAAGGGCUUCUCCCAUCGGUCCUUCCCAUGUGUGGCAGAGGAGGCUGAUGUUGCCUUACCUGUUGGACCUUUUGGUUAUUCCUGGGUAGCACAACUCCUGGAGUUUCCUGGGUGCCCACAGGGCUCCACCAGACACUCGAGUUGGGCAUUCCAGGGGCCGGGCCUUGGAAGGACACCUUGGUACAGGUAGGAGAGUUCAGAAAUCACUUCCAGGUCGAACCAAAAACCUCUCCUGGUCUGGCAGGAUGUUACUGGGAAAUGUGGUGGAUUUUUGUAACCCUGCUGAGACAAAGUCAAAACAGUUUUCUGGAAAGUCCAGGCAGGGAAUCUGCCUCCAGCAAGUGGCAUCUUCCUAAAGGUAAACUAUUGUUCUUUCUCCUCAGGUUUACAGCAAUAAUGAGUAGGUCUGUCCCAUCCCUGAGUGGAUGGGAACUGAAUCCAAUUCUAAAGGGCUAAGCAAAGCAAUAUUUGAUUUCCUGAAGGCACAAGAUUUUCUGGCAGUAACUUGCUUACAGUUCCUGCAGAACUUGCUUCUUUAAAACAUGAGCUCACUUGAAACCUUUCAAAGAGGCCUGUAUGUAUGUAAGCACUUACUGAAGCCUAUUUAUUCAAUGCUAGCUUAUUUUAAAUUAAUUUUUAACUUAUUUAUAAUGUCAGAAAUGACUAUUUAUUAAAUCCAGCCACCUUUUUUAAUGGGAUGAACUUUGAUUUUAGAAAGGAAUAGCUGGUUGUCUUCAAUCCCAAGAAGUCUUUCUACUUAAAUCCCAAUCUUUGUGAUCCCUGGAUGUUCUUGCAAAAAGGGCUGCACCGUGCAGAACACUGGGGUGAGGGCUGUGUCACCUUCCCUGCAAGGGAAAGGGAGACUCCAGUGCUUUUUGGACUGUUUCUUAGGAUUAAGAAGCCAGGAUUGAGUUCAGGAGUUGUCAUGAAGAUUCACUGUCUUCCUGCACCCCAAAAAUCCCGUGUUUGUCCCUCAUCUCCACUGGUGGUUCGUGUGGUCGGGCUGGGGAGUGAAGUUAUCCCUGUUCUUGUCCCCGUGGCAACAAGAUGAGAACAGGCAUCAAAUACUCCCCAAGUUCUUGUUCACACUGAUGGAAUCUGGGCAGUCCUUCCUUCCCACCCUGCUGGUUUAAUUCCUGGGUUGGAAGCACCAGGUGCUGCCAAAGGAGCCCAAAUAUUCCGAACGAUGGGAGGGGAGAACUUGAUGUGUUUGAGUUGUUUGGUGAUUUUUUUUUUUUAAAGGAUUGGAGCCAAGGGAAUCACUCUCCCACCUUGCAGGGCUCAGGGAAGUUCUGAUUUCCAAGGAUUCCCCAGUUGUUCCAUGGACUUUUAGCAUUUGUCCCACACAAGUGAAACUUCUGUCUCCAGCAUUUCAGCAUAAAUGGAGUCUGAGAGAGUGGGACAAGUAUCACCUUUCCUCUGGAAAAUCAGGAGUUUUGACAGUAAAAGUGCAUGUGUGUA